GUGAGAUGCUGUAGAUAUCAGGGGGUCCUAUAAGACAGAGUUAAGUCAUCAAAAACGUUGGUUUAAGAAUGACUCAUAUGACAUUUAUGAUAAACUGAUUGAAUACUGAAGUCUUGUCCCCUCACCUUCAAAGUCUCAGAGGGGCCCGACUCACUCACAUCUCUUGGCUCUUUCUCGCUGACUUCCAUCUUAUACACAGACUUACGAUGUUUACCUUGCUCAGUAUCCUCCUGCUCUCAUCACAUGCCCUCUCUCUCGUCCAAUCACAGAACUGCAAUGAAAAAACAGAAUAUAUAGAAAAUAGUCAGUGCUGCAAGAAAUGUAAACAAGGAGAAAUGAUGAGUAUGAGAUGCAAACCAGGAUUGCACGAUACUCAGUGCGAGCCAUGCCACAAUGGUUACUUCACAGACAACUUCAAUAAUUUAUACAUGAGGUGCUUUCAGUGCACAAAGUGCACCAAGGAACAUAUGAAGUAUGCGAAGAACUGCACGCUGACACAUGAUGCCGAAUGUAAAUGUGAUGAGGGAUACCAAUGCAGGGAUGCCAAAUGCCAAAUGUGUGUGAAAAUCAUCCAGACUACUACUACUACUACUACUACUGCUACAAUGAUCACUAGGCCUACUCCACCCACAGACAAAGUGUGGAUCUUGGUGAGUCUGUGUUUUGCGUGUGUGUGUGUGUGCACUCUGUUCAUCUGUUUCCUUCUCAUCAGCAGACAUGCACGACCAUAUGAUCGGAUCAUGUCCACAUCAACCUGUUUCAGGUCCUCCCAAAAGAGUGACUCUUGCUCCAGCCAGUGCACAGAGGAAGAGGAAGUACCAAUGCCAGUGCAGGAGGUGUGUGGGAAGACAGAGAAACUGGAGGAAGUCUGAGAAGGGAGGAAGAAGACAGCUGAUGCAUCUGUGGAUCGAGUAUUUGCUCUAUUACAAACCUGCUGCUGCCAUUAUCUCAAGAGGAGAAGAGCAUCGGCACUCAGGCGGCCUAUCUGAAGGUUCUGUGAGAAUGACUGUCUGUGCACACCAUCCUGAGAAAUGCUAAGACAGAGAACUACUUUACAAUUAACAUUGUACAUUUUCUUCUCUGUGCGAUUGUUUGUAUUUAUAAUUGGGUGGUUGAUGCAUAUUGUUUUUUAUCAACAUAAAGAUUUUAGGUUAAAAUGUAUUUGAAUGUACCAUAUAAGGUAAAGCGUAUCUGGUCACCAUUUCUUUA